AAACAGUCUACCAACCACUGCCACGUUUUCAUCUAUUGGUAAACAUCAGCUGCUGGUUGGUCCUAAGGGAGGAAGACUGAAUUAGUUCCAGAUGGAGAACUCUUUCAGCCCAUUUAAGACUUUCCUGUUGAUUUAAGACAGCAGGUAGAAAAAAUGGAAUAGACCACAUGAAGAAGAAUGUGAAGUUUAUUUUUAUGCAAGAUGUUAUUUGGAGGACCAAGUACACUUUUUCAGGCCAUGGGAGAUGAAAGACUAAUCACAUGAUAUUUUUGUUCCAUUGAAGUGCUGUUCUGUGCUAAGUCAAUGUUGGUUUGUAUUAAAGACAAAUAGUAGUUUUUAAUGUCAGCAUGUCAACUGUGACAAAUGCUCAGACACCGGAGGAACCUAAUCCUCCCCCCCUUGAAGAAAAGCCAAAGGGAAAAUCACUAUUUCAUUUGGGCUCACUCUUUGCUAACAGGAGUGAAAAAUUUGUAAUUGCUAGGAGUGAUAGUGUACCAGAGGAGAAUGUUCUGAAAAUAACUAUCACGGAGACUACGGUCAUUGAGUCGGACUUGGGCAUCUGGAAUUCUCAUGCUCUCAUCUACCUCACUUUGUGGUUUUUCUUCAGCUUUUGCACACUUUUUCUUAACAAAUACAUUCUUUCGUUACUGGAAGGAGAGCCCAGCAUGCUAGGUGCUGUUCAAAUGCUUUCAACCACCUUCAUUGGCUGUAUAAAAAUGUUUGUUCCAUGCUGCUUGUAUCAACACAAAACACGCAUCUCUUAUCCACCCAAUUUCAUCAUGAUAAUGCUGUUUGUUGGAUUAAUGAGAUUUGCAACAGUAGUCUUGGGUCUUGUCAGCUUGAAAAAUGUGGCAGUUUCAUUUGCAGAAACUGUUAAAAGCUCUGCACCUAUUUUUACUGUUAUCAUGUCUCGGAUGAUAUUAGGAGAAUACACUGGAUUGCUGGUUAAUCUGUCUCUCAUUCCUGUUAUGGGUGGGCUAGCUCUAUGUACAGCUACUGAAAUCAGUUUCAACAUUCUAGGUUUCUCGGCAGCUUUAUCUACUAAUAUCAUGGACUGUUUGCAAAAUGUCUUUUCCAAAAAACUACUCAGUGGAGAUAAAUACAGAUUUUCAGCCCCAGAGCUUCAGUUCUACACAAGUGCUGCUGCAGUGGUUAUGCUUAUUCCAGCUUGGAUAUUUUUCAUGGAUGUGCCUGUGAUUGGGAAAAGUGGGAGGAGCUUCAGCUACAACCAAGAUGUUGUUGUACUUCUCUUAAUAGAUGGAGUCUUGUUCCACCUACAAAGUGUUACAGCCUAUGCCUUGAUGGGAAAAAUUUCUCCUGUGACUUUCAGUGUUGCUAGUACUGUGAAGCAUGCGCUGUCAAUCUGGCUAAGUAUUAUUGUGUUUGGUAACAAAAUCACAAGCCUCUCGGCCGUUGGGACUGUUCUAGUGACAAUUGGAGUUCUUCUAUAUAACAAGGCAAAGCAGCAUCAGCAAGAGACUAUACACAGCCUGGCAGCUGCAGCCCAGCAAUGCGCACAAAAUACAACUGAAGAUACUGAGCCACUAAUUUCCAAGGAUUUGGAACCAUAUGAUUAAUAUGGCCAUUUAUUCUUCCAACUUAGUGUAACUCAAAGGAGCUCUUCCUGAAAGUGGUUGUUUCUUCAACUGUUGAUGCUGAUUGGGUUCCUUUGAGUUCAUGGCAGGUCAAGCCUGGGACUUGAAGCAGAGAAGACAAUGGGAAGAAUCCAGAAAGUCUUGACUUACUGAGAAACUGAUAUACCAGAGGACCUAGUAUCAUAUAAUGUGGUAAACAUGGGCUUUAUUGUCUUUCCGUGACUGCAAAUAACAUACAAGCCGAUAUUAAAGAAGGAACUUCAGUGUGUUGUGGGGAAAUGACUCUUUUCUCCCUACUCAUCAAAAUAAUGUGAAACCACGGACUCAUCACUGUAUUCUGCUUGCUUGCAGCGGAACGAAAUCGGUGCAUAACUGAAAUUCUUAGUUCUAUGCCACCUGCAUCCUCCAUCAUUUGCGUGCAUUGUAGGGCUGGAAGAAGGAAUCCCCUCCCCCAACAAAUGUCUUAUUUUGGUAUACGUUUAGUUGAAGUAAACUAUGGAAAUGAGUCCAUGU